AUGGAAGCAGCAAGAGCAGCCGUCCAGAAGAUCACGGGCAACCGGGGCCAGCACACCACGGUGGAAGAAACGGUUAACCCGGCAGUCACCCAUGAGGCGAUUAAACCUCACCGCCAUGAAGAACAUACCCAGGCAGUGGACCGGGAGGUGCAUCAACAUCACUACCACACAACAGUGCAGCCUCUCACCCAUACCGAAAGACUUCCGGAGAAGCAUCACCACAAUAUCUUGCCCGUAGAGCACCGGGAAUUCCACCACGACAAUGAAGAGGACACCAAGCAGAAGAUCACGACUGAACUGGGUCGUUUCAAGGACCAUUCGGUAACGCAUGAUACUCACCACACCCAGGCUGCUGCACCGACCGUCACUGGAGAGCACGUCCAUCAUCAUGUCCACGAAACUGUGGUGCCUGUCGUUCACAAGGAGACCAUCCAGCCUGAGGUUGUGCACACCACCGUGCCUAUUCACGAAACACACCAUGCCGCAGCUCAACAUCAUGGACUUUCGGCACUGCCUAUGAAGACCCUAGAUGAAUUUAAAAAGGUUGGAGGUGUCCUCACCGGUGGCAGCCACUCUGCUCAUGAAGAGUAUGAGGGUGCACCCCGGCCAUACAACGACAAGCUUUCCACGACCUUUGAGAAGCUUGAGGAGAAAUUCCACGGCACUUCUUCCGAUCAUACCACCGGCAAGACCCAUCGGCCAACCGACUCUGGUGUCGGGGGCGUGGGCAAUGACCAGGUCAACAAUGGUUCGCUGGGAACAGACAGGCACAAUGUGGCUGGAAAUGGAAUUGAUGUCGCCAAUCGGCACACCGACGGCACUGGAAAUCUGGCCACCACAGAUGGAACUAAGCCCAGUAUGGGCGAUCGCAUGAACCCUCGCACAGACGCUGACCGAGAUGGAAAGGUUGGUGUGAUGGACUAG